AUGAGGUUGGAGCGGUCCCUGCCUUUCCUGGGGCUCCUGCUGUGCGUGGUUGGCACCACAGCUCAGCAGGACGAUACCGAAGCACAGGCGGAAUUCCUGGUGGAGAUUUCCGGAACCACAGUGACAAUCACGUGUCCCGUGACCGAAGGCAGCAUAGAGUGGGGCAUAGCUGGGACAAAAGUGGAAACCAGCGGGGAGAAGUACGUUAUAGAGAACCACGACAGCGCUCCUGCCAACGUGAGUUGUUCGGCCGGCGGCAAGACGUAUGACAUGUACCUGAACGCCAGAGUGUGCACAAACUGUGAGGAGCUGGAUGCCUUGGCAGUGACAGGGAUCAUCACCGCCGAUCUUCUCAUCACCUUCGGGGUGCUGAUUCUCGUCUAUUACUUCAGCAAGGACAGGAAGGGGAGAGCGGGCGCUAGCGCUGGCGGUCGGCCACGAGGUCAGAAGAUGCAGCGUCCGCCCCCCGUUCCAAACCCCGACUACGAGCCCAUCCGGAAAGGCCAGCGGGAAGUCUAUGCUGGCCUGGAAUCCAGGGGCUUCUGA